AUGCCGCGCUCCAGCUUCUCCGAUAACCCUCUGUUGCGGGUAUCGCGGCCUGUCUCGGCCUGUUCGCGAUGUCGAGCCGCCAAAGUCAAGUGUGAUGGAAAACUACCUGCCUGCACUGCUUGUGAGAAGGCCGGCCGUGAGAAUGAGUGCUCCAGCGCCAACGACCAGUUCGCCAGGGGCAAAGAGAGGAGUUAUGUUGCAGCCCUGGAGCUCAGAGUCGAGAAGCUGGAAAAACGAUUGGCAUUUGCCAGGUCGCGCAAGGCGUCGGUCAGCCUCCAUGAUGUCGAUGAGGCGGUGGCACCCACAGACCGAAAGGACUCCCUGGCCAACAUUCGAGCUGCCAUUCAUCGCAAGGCUGCACGUAAGAGGGAGGACUCUGAUGUCAACUCGCUCGUGUCUGACUUUGGCUUUCUGUCCGUCAAUGCAACGACUCGUGAUUUUGAGCCAUCGGUGAGCGGCAUGACGUUUGCUCGACUGGUACUGGCCGCCGCAACUAAUGACGAGGUCCCCGACCCCACGGAAGACAGUUUCCCGACAAGGGCUGAGGCCUUUACCACGGUCCAGUACUACAUGGCCAACAUCUACACAUUAUUUCCUUCCUUCUCUGAGACGCAUCUGCUUACAGUUCUCGACGAUGUCUACCAGCAAGACGAGAGGGUCAAGGAGCGUCUUAAAGAUGCUGAUUUCUGGCUACUGUACAUGGUUCUUGCUAUUGGAUAUAUCGCUCAAUGCAGGGACAAGCAAGACAAGUACUACCGUGUCGGACUUGACUUCGUCGCCCGCGCGCUCCCCUUUGCUGAUAAGGCCUUGAUGCCGGGUUAUCCUACCCAAAUCCAGUCACUCAUUCUUUUCACGCAACUCUCAAUGCUCGACCCCAGCCACUUUGACAGCUGGUAUUUGAUCGGCUUUGCAAGUCGGGCGGUGGUCGAUCUAGGGUUCCAUCAGGACCCGCCUCAGCUACAAGUCCCUGACAAGGCUGCGCUUGAUCUUAGGAGGAGGAUGUUUUACAGCGUCUACGCUCUCGACAGAACUAUCAGCAUGACCCGCACCAGGUCGUUUUCCUUCACCGACGACUCGAUCAAUGUUGAGUAUCCUAGCAACUCCGGUUUAUCUGCAGGGCCCAUCACCGGCCCCCAGUCGGCAGACUCGGCUCUGGCGCUGUUCCAGCUCCGGCGCCUCCAAUCAGAAUGGUAUCAAAUGCUCUUUCAGGCAGACUCGGCGUCACUCCCCGAUGCUGCCUCUUUUAUUUGGCAGAUGUGUCUCGAGAUGAGGGAAUGGCACGAGUCGUUGCCAGAUAACCUUUCGUCCGGCAUCCGUGAACUUUUUGAGCUCGAGCUGAGAUACAGCUACAUUUACUGCCUCACACCUAGUGAUCGGUCACCCCAUCUGACUGACUAUUCUCGGAAGCUUAUUUUCGAACACGCUAUCUCUUACAUGAACACCAUCCACAACGUCAUUCACAAUGCUACAAGUACGGCAUUCUACACCUCGUUGGAUGCUCUCAAGGUCUACUUCGUGGCCAUGCAGUUUCUCACCGUCUUGAAUGAUGCCCGUGAGCUGCUCAUCUCUGAGCAGAGAAUCAUCCCGCCCAUUACCCGUCCAGGCACGGCGCCGCCGCCGCCCCUUCCGCACCGCCCUAUUGGUGGCGAAGACAGCCUGGAUAGAAGCAUACGAUGCCUGCAGCAGAUCUUUGAAACGCUCGGCACGUGUUCCCAGCGGUGGGAUAUCGCCUCUCAGUUGAAGACGACCUUUGAAUCCAUAUCUUCGGAACUCUUCUCCUGGCUGCAGGUUCGCCGACAGAUGAGGGAACAGGGGCAGGUACCGCAGCAGCAGCAGCAACAUGAGCAACAGCAACAUCAACAUCAACAGCAACAUCAACAACAUCAACAGCAGCAACAACAGCAGCAACAUCAGCACCAUCAGCACCACCAGCACCAUCAACCGCAACCACAACCUCAACAGCAACAUUACCAACAACGCCAGCAGCCUCCCCCGAUGCCUCAAGGACCCUCACAUGCUCAACAUCCAUCCUACCCUCCCCAUCCUCACCCUCAAGUCCUCGUGGGCCCACCUCAGAUGCAUAUGCAAGGCAUGAUACAGUCUCAGUCUCAGCAACCUGUGAUACAUUACAGAUGGUUCGAUGGGACGGGGCCGACGAUGCCUGGCUCUCCAGGACAGGGCGGCCCAUCCAUGUGA